AUGGAAAGUUGCUCAAGACAGUCCCAGUCUGAGAGUAGUGAAGGCCCUCAGAGCAGCCUCAGCCUGUCCAUCAGACCUCCACGCUGUGUGCGAGAGAUGAGCGCCGCGUUGGCCGAACAGAGAGUCAGGAUCCAGCAGCUGCAGGAUCACAACCAAGUGAGCUCAGUGCUCAAAGACAGUAGUCCUGAGAGUGUGAAGGCCUCAGAGCAGCCUCAGCCUGUCCAUAGACCUCCACGCUGUGCUGCGAGAGAUGAGCGCCGCGUUGGGACCGAAAGAGAGUCAGGAUCCAGCACGCUGCAGGCUCACAACGAGAACCUUGACAAAUACAGAAUUUCAUUUAAAUCAUACACUUCGGAAUAUCAGAACCAGCCCUCGGGUUCAACUUCAAUUGGAGCCAUUGCUUCAUCUACAGUUGGACUGUCAGAGAAUCUCUAG